AUGGUGGGAUCUCUCCACUGCAGCCAUGUAAUUCUUGUCUCCGAUUCGGCGGAUGCGCCGACGCACGUGACCUCGUGCGCGGGAAACCCCGUCUGGAAACGCGUAUUUCAUUUACCGGCAGUGCUGGAGAGAGAGAGAGGGUGUGAUCUCUUCCAUCGAAUUAUGCAUAGGAGGCUAGUCGUGGAGCUCUCUCGCCGUCACGGGCCCGAAUGGUCGUGCCCAGCCAGGUCCAGGAAAUCUGCUUCUGCUCCGAUACCAGCCUAUGUUCCCCGACGGAGCUUUCGUUCGUCCCUAGCGAUCCUUGAAUCGUCAUCCGAGCCAGCGAAUCCUAACGAAGAUGGGUCGGUAUCCCGUCCAGCAUGGGGAGGUUCGAAAAUUGGUGGUCGCUGGGGAGCUAAGCAGGCGCUCAAACCGGCCACAUUGAGUCCGGCUGAACUAGCGCUUCGCGAUUCAUUAGUAGCAAGGGAGGAAGCCACCGCGAAGGAGAAGGAGGUGGAGAAAAAAAGACUGCAGAGGCCUGCGCUACAAGAAAAGACGGACGAUUUGUUACGAGUGCUCGAUGCUGCCGGAACGAGGCGAUCCUCCGCUUCGUUACGGGAGCGCCAACCAGAGAAAAAAGUCGAUGUGACUUCGGGCAGACCAAAGAAAAAGCUUAUAGGGAAGGAUUGGUAUUGCCCACAAUGCGAGUACCAUUGUUUCGGGAGGAGCAGCACCUGUCCACGCUGUAAUACCCCAAAGCCGAAAGUGGACAAGCCAGCCCGGGAGCCGCCUCGUCCGAAAAAACAAGAGCAGAACGCCAUAAAGAUUCGGAAGCUGGCCCACUCGUUGCGGUCGGAAUAUGAAACCCAAAACUCUGGACGCCGUCUACGGGAAUCAAGCACAAAGGGCGGAGGUUUGAAAGACGUCGCGCUUGACGGCUACCUUGUGCAGACAGGACGUAAGACCGAACUUCCACCUGCAUCGACUGAAUCAAAGAGGCAGUCCAUUGCAGAACAGCGACAGUUGAAUGCUAGGGAUGAGGUUUCAGGAACCCGCGGUGCCGACCGCCAAGCUUCUGGAGCAGUUCGCAAAUCAUCCAAACCGGAGGCAGACCCAUGGACAUGGGACCAGUCAGCCCUGGAGAAACUUCAACAAACAUAUGAAGCAGAGGCUCAGAGCGGGCAAAAGCCCAAGCGGUGGGAAGGUCGCAAGGAACGAGGAGAUAUUGACGACGAAGAAUUUGACCCAGAAGACGACCGCCGCCGUCGCCGCCAGGAACGUAAGCGCCAGAAGAAAGAGAAGGCCCGGCAGAAGGAGCUCGAGGCGGCGGCUCCCAGUCCUCUCUACCUUCCGGAAUUCAUCAGCGUCAGCAACCUCGCUGAUGUCAUUGGUGUGCGGCCGGCUCAAUUCAUUCGGAGAAUGGAAGAAAUGGGAUUUGAAGAUGUCUCGUACAGCCACAUUCUUGACGCUGAAACCGCAGGCUUGAUCGCGAGCGAGUACAACUUCGAACCUAUAUUCGAGGCUGAUGAUCAGGACCUGGUUGCUGCUCCCGAGCCAGAAGACAAAUCCGCAUUGCCGCCUAGGCCACCGGUAGUGACGAUUAUGGGUCACGUCGAUCACGGCAAGACCACCAUUCUGGACUGGCUCCGAAAGUCGUCUGUGGCCGCAUCGGAGCACGGGGGUAUUACACAGCACAUCGGUGCAUUCUCCGUAGCUAUGCCUUCGGGCAAGACUAUCACCUUCUUGGACACACCUGGCCACGCAGCGUUCUUGGAUAUGCGUCGUCGCGGUGCCAACGUAACUGACAUUGUCGUGCUGGUGGUUGCUGCGGACGACAGUGUCAAACCACAGACUAUUGAGGCCAUCAAGCACGCCACCGAAUCCAACGUUCCCAUCAUUGUCGCUGUCAGCAAAAUCGACAAAGAAGGUAUCAACCCAGAGAAGGUCAAGCAAGACCUCUCUGUACAUGGUGUCCAUGUGGAAGACUACGGGGGCGAUGUCCAGGCUAUCGGUGUGAGCGGAAAAACCGGCCAGGGCAUGUUGGAACUCGAGGAGGCUAUCGUCGCCCUCUCGGAGGUUCUUGACCAUCGAGCCGACAAAGCUGGUGCGGUGGAAGGCUGGGUGAUUGAAGCUACAACGAAGAGCUACGGACGUGUUGCGACGGCUCUCAUCAGACGUGGUACCCUGCGACCGGGAGAUAUCAUCGUCGCUGGUACAACGUGGGCUCGUGUUCGCACGCUUCGCAAUGAAGCAGGUGUCGCCGUCUCCGAAGCUUCUCCCGGCAUGCCGGUGGAAAUUGAUGGUUGGAGGGAGCAGCCCACUGCCGGUACCGAGAUUCUCCAGGCGGAGGACGAGCAGCAUGCCAAGGACGUCGUGGAGUAUCGCCAGGAGAAGUCGGAAACUCAAAGAUUGAGUGAGGACACAUCGGCCAUCAACGAAGCACGUCGAGAACAGCAAGAAAAGCGACGGCAAGAGGAGGACGAGGGAGCGGAAGCUCUUGCUGACCAGGAUGCAUCCGGACCCAAACCGGUGCAUUUCAUCAUCAAGGCCGAUGUUGGCGGUUCUGCCGAGGCGGUGCUCAAUUCUGUGACGGCCAUUGGCAACAACGAAGUCUAUGCCAAUGUGCUUCGCUCCGAAGUAGGGCCCAUCAGUGAGUUUGACAUUGAGCAUGCAGCCACAGCAAGCGGCAACAUCAUCUCUUUCAAUAUGCCGAUCGACCCUGCCAUGUCCCGGAUGGCGGAACUGCGGGGGGUCAGAAUCAUGAAUCACAAUAUCAUCUACAAGCUCAUGGAUGAAGUCAAGGCGACGCUCAGUGAGCACCUGGCGCCAUCGGUCACACAGCGUGUCACGGGUGAAGCAGAAGUUGGUCAGAUCUUCGAGAUCACCUUGAAGGGAAGAGAGAAGGUUGCUAUUGCGGGAUGCAAAGUCCGUAAUGGUGUGAUCCACCGGGCCAGGAAGGUUCGAGUGUUGAGGGGACAGGACACGAUCUAUGACGGCACGAUUGCGUCGCUGAAGAACGUCAAGAAGGACGUGACAGAAAUGCGCAAAGACACGGAAUGUGGUAUCGGCUUCGAAGGCUGGACCGACUUUGCUGUGGGUGAUCACAUCCAGUGCUACGAAGAGAUCUAUGAGAAGAGAUACCUCUAA